CGGACGGCCGGCGCCAGCCGGAGCACGCAGGCGGACCGACGCGGGCGACGUGGUUUUGGCACGAUGGGGUGCGCGUGCAGCGGCCGAGCGCUCGGCGAAGACUCGGACGAGAGGAAGAGACGCUCGUCCCUGGAGUCAAAUCACGCGAUUUGGAGCGCAAAGACGUACUGCGACAACGACCAUGUCGUGUUUGUGGCUCAACAUGACUUCAAGCCCACCAACCGCAGUGAACUGUCCUUCGGAAAGGGACAUCACUUCGAGGUCCUGCAAGAAAACGGAGACUGGUGGCUGGCUCGCUCGCUGCAAACGGGACAGCAGGGUUUCAUACCGUCAAACUACGUCGUCCGGGCCGACAGCCUCGAGGUGGAAAAAUGGUUCUUCAAGGACCUGAGCAGGAGAGAGGCGGAAAGGUUGCUACUGGCGCCCAGAAACAAAAGCGGAGCCUUCCUCAUCCGGGAAAGCGAGACGUGUCACGGCUCCUUCUCGCUGUCCGUCAGAGAUUUCACACCGGAAAGCGCCGACGUGGUGAAACACUACAAGAUCCGCUCUCUGGACAAAGGGGGCUACUUCAUCUCCUCGUCCAGCACUUUCCCGUCCUUGCAGGAGCUGGUCAAAUACUACACAAGUACCGCGGACGGUCUGUGCCAGCGUCUGAACGCCCCCUGCGGGAAGAGUCCCCCCCAGCAGCCGUGGGCUCCCGACCAAUGGGAGAUCCCCCGCGAGACGCUAAAACUGGUGAAGAAACUCGGAGCCGGCCAGUUCGGAGAAGUAUGGAUGGGUUACUACAAGAACACGCUGAAGGUGGCCGUCAAGACCCUGAAGGAGGGCGCCAUGGAGCCGAAGGCUUUCCUGCAGGAAGCCAACCUGAUGAAGCAGCUGCAGCACCAGCGGCUGGUGCGACUGCACGCGGUGGUGACCCGGGAGCCCAUCCUCAUCGUCACCGAGUUCAUGAGCAACGGAUGUCUACUGGACUUUUUAAAAACAGACGAAGGAAAAAGGCUCAGGCUUAACAAGCUGAUCGACAUGUCGGCGCAGAUCGCCGAGGGCAUGGCCUACAUCGAGAGCAAGAACUCCAUCCAUCGGGACCUGCGGGCGGCCAACAUCCUGGUCAACGAGACCUUGCACUGCAAGAUCGCCGACUUCGGCCUGGCCAGGCUGGUGGAGUCGGAGUACACGGCCCGAGAAGGGGCAAAAUUUCCCAUCAAGUGGACGGCGCCAGAGGCCAUCCACUACGGCACCUUCAGCAUCAAGUCGGACGUGUGGUCCUUCGGGAUCCUCCUGACGGAAAUCGUCACCUACGGGAGAACCCCGUACCCAGGAAUGAGCAACCCGGAGGUGGUCCGCGGCCUGGAGCGCUCCUUCAGGAUGUCGCGUCCGGACGGCUGCCCGGAGGAGCUCCACCGCCUCAUGAUGGCCUGCUGGAGGGAGCGGCCCGAGGAGAGGCCCACCUUCGAAUUCCUCCAAAACCUCCUCCAGGACUUCUUCGUCGCCACCGAGGGCCAGUACGAGAUGCAGACCUAACGAGGCCCGCGGCUCGGGUUCCGCUCACCUUUCCACGUCGGCCUCGGUUUUGGCGCUUUGAGACACCGGCCACGCUUGCAAGUCCGAACCUUCGAUCUUUGAACCUUUGAUCUUCACCACCGACGGAACGAAAUUGCCCCUCAUGCGUUCAAGCCUGGGCCAAAAACAACCACUGAACAGGACUUUGCAAUGUCGUACUUUAUGAAAACAUACAUCAAUAACGGCGUGAGGAGGACUGACUGGACUGCCCAUCAUAAUGAUUGAUUGCGGCUCCUUCUGGAGUGCGUGCGCCACCUGGCCACUGGGGGCAGCAUACGACAUUCGCGCAGGCAAAGUUUCACUCAAUGACUGAACGUGACUCGUUCCUCUGCUGUAACAUUUGUGUUUUUUUUCGCAGACACUAAAGAAUAUGUGCCACUGAGUAUGUCUUCUCUGUCUGCGUGUCUUGCUGCAGUGUUUGUUUUUGAAUACCCAUUGGGUGCCACAUCAUAGCAACGUUGCCCGAUGUUACAUGUCGUCAGAGGAGAGAAAAAUGGUUUCAGCACGGCCAAACCUGAUUGGACGGGAGCGGAAAUACUCCGGCAGGGAUAAAUUCAUACAAUUUCAUGGCUCGUUUAUCCGGCCGGAGGUCGCCAACGCACGCGAGCCAACACGCAAAACAUUUUUGCAGCCCGCAUAUUUGACUUUCUCACCGGAAAGGAGCGUGGGAAAGUCAAAAUUGAAAUUGAAAUCAAUAAUUGAUGGAAAGAAGGUGUGAGCUCGUUGUUGUUUUUUCUUGUUUUGAUUUUGCAGCCCUUUUUUUUCUGAACAAGGAAAAGGCGGGCGUUGCGUUUGCGGUCGCGGGGAGAAAAGAGCGCCAGCCCGCCGUCAUCAAGGUCCAUCUGACUCGCUCCCACGACGGUG